UUCCAUUCUUAUCAGUCCAAUUUUAUAUUAUUACAACCUUGAAGGAGUAGUCUGGUGUUUUAUGCUGAAAUCAUCAAGCUUUCAAAAUCAAGUUUUCUAGUUUGAAUGGAAGAAAAGUAAAUGUUUAAAAAGAGGGGGGCGCCUAAAUUAGAAACUGCAUCGGGGCAUUAGUAACUCUUAGGCCGGUUCUGUUCAUACGACUCGAAAUGUUUAUGCCAAUGUAUGCUGCUUGAAACAUUCGAAUUUGUAAAGACAGACCUAACAAAAUUCCAAUCUUGUCUCGCAUUGCGAGAUCUCGGUUUCGUCCAGUUUCGUCGAAUCGAGAUUUCUGUGGCAGAUACUGUCAGCCUUUUGUUGAAAUGGAGUGAAAACAAAAUUGAAAGUGUACAAUGAAUAAGACCGCUACGAUGACUGCGUUUUUCUAAGGGUUUACGUAUAAAAAUUCUCUAUAUUAGGCUGACGAAGUUCGAUCUUUCCUAAAAAAUAUGAUUCGUCUUUAAAAAUAGGUGAAGUUGCUAAGUUCGAGGUUAUCUCAAGAUUAAAUGCAAAUGUCCGAUUCUGUGAUAAGUGGAAAUUUAUUCGCCGCUGCUAAACAAUUAGCAGAUAGUGAAAUUCAGCUCAUAAAGGUAAUAGAAAAUUCAAAGAGUACAAAUAACAAAAGUAUUACUAGUAAAAUGUCUAUGUCAGUCAAAAAGGGUGCCAAAAAGUCUGCAAAAACUUCUAGUGUUCGACCAUCUGCUGCUUUAAUAGCUGCUAAGCGUGAAGCAACUCAACAAAAUAAAUUACAGAAAAAGAAAUGUAAUACUGUCUUUGUACGUGAUAUAUAUCAGAAAGCCAUAGAUGCCUAUAAUCUAAAGAGGAAAGAAACUGGUCUAGUAUUCGAUCGGUCUAUGGCAGAACACAAGUGUCUUUGGGAUUCAAAUUACCCAGAAUGUCCUGCUAGAUUGACAAGAGUUUUACAGAGAUGUGAAGAAUUAGGUUUAGUAAAUAGGUGCAAAUUCAUUGCAUCAAGACAGGCUACUGAAAAUGAAGUACUCCUGAAGCACAGCCAAAAACAAUUAGAUAUCUUAAAGGCCACUGAUGGAUGUACAGAUGCAGAUAAUCUAGAGUUACUAUCAUCCAAGUAUGAUGCAGUUUAUAUACACCCUUCUACCUAUAACUUGUCCUUGUUAGCUGUGGGUUCAACAAUAAACUUAGUGGAAAGCAUUUGUAAAGGAGAGGUUCAAAAUGGAAUGGCCAUUAUAAGGCCACCUGGACAUCAUGCAAUGAAGUCAGAGUAUUGUGGAUAUUGCUUCUUUAAUAAUGUUGCAAUUGCAGCUGAGAAAGCUUUAAGCAAUAAUUUGGCUAAUAAGAUUUUGAUUGUUGAUUGGGAUGUACAUCAUGGGCAAGCAACUCAACAAAUGUUUUAUAACGAUCCACGGGUAAUUUAUUUUUCCAUUCAUCGUUACGAGAACGGCGAAUUUUGGCCAAAUCUUAAAGAGUCUAACUUUCAUUUUAUCGGCGAUGAUUUAGGACAAGGAUAUAACUUUAAUGUACCACUUAAUAAAACUGGUAUGACGAAUGCUGAUUAUUUAGCCAUAUUUCAGCAAGUGUUAUUGCCAAUGGCGUACGAGUUUCAACCAGAUCUCGUAAUAGUGUCAGCUGGUUAUGACGCUGCCUUGGGAUGUCCAGAGGGAGAGAUGUUGGUGACCCCUCCAUGUUAUGCUCAUUUGCUAUCAUCUCUACUGAGUCUGGCAUCUGGAAAAGUUGCUGUUGUGCUAGAGGGUGGUUACUGUUUGAAAUCAUUAGCUGAAAGCGCAGCAUUAACGCUACGCGCUUUAUUGGGUGAUCCGUGUCCUAUGUUACAAAAUCUUGAAUUACCUUCGUUAAGUAUACGCGACACAAUUUUAAAUACGAUUUACGCCCAUAAAUUGUAUUGGAAAUGUUAUCAAUACCAGGACACAUACAGCAAUAAUUUUACAGCACAUAAUAAAGAACAAAAUAUAAAUCAACAUUUACCAGUAGUUACAUUCAAAGGAAGCGAUAUUAGGCCAACAGUGUAUGAAACUCGCGAUUGCUAUCCAGUUCAAAGUAAAGAUGUUAUCGAACAGAUAGAAAAGCAAUUAAAUGCGAUAAUCCAAAUUACUAAUUUAUCCAUGGCACCGAACAAGGUCUGCGUUGUUUACGAUGAUAGAAUGCUAAACCAUCGUGAUUUAAUUGACGAUAGUCAUCCAGAAAAACCAAAUCGUAUUAGCGGUAUUUACAAAAAGUAUGAAGAAUAUAAUUUACUUGAUCGAUGCUAUGUGCAACAGGGACGAAGUGCGUCAAUCGAAGAAUUGUUGUUGGCUCAUUCGAAAGAAUACAUAGACAAAAUAAAGGAUACUGAAAAUUUAAAACCCAAGGAGCUGCAAAAACUAGCAACGACCUUUAACUCAGUGUAUCUACAUCCUGAAACUUGGACGAGUGCAUGUAUAUCGACUGGAUCGUUAUUACAAGUAGUUGAUAGCGUACUAAACGGAGAAAGUCAAUCUGGUGUCGCUAUUGUAAGACCUCCAGGACAUCAUGCAGAAGAGGAUGCACCAUGUGGUUUCUGUAUUUUUAACAAUAUUGCCGUGGCAGCUAGAUAUGCCACAGAAUUUCAUCAUUUAAAAAAAGUAUUAAUAGUUGACUGGGAUGUACACCACGGCAAUGGAACCCAAUCUAUCUUCGAAGAGGACCCAAAAGUUCUCUACAUGUCCGUUCAUCGUUACGACAACGGCAGUUUCUUUCCAAAUUCUAAACGUGCUAAUUAUACCUCCGUUGGUUCUGGAUUAGGAGAAGGAUUUAAUAUCAAUAUACCAUGGAACAAAAAAGGAAUGGGUGACGCAGAGUAUAUAGCAGCAUUUCAACAAGUAGUAAUGCCAAUUGCAUAUCAGUUUAACCCAGAACUGAUUUUAGUCUCUGCGGGUUUCGAUGCGUGCAUUGGCGAUCCUCUUGGAGGUUGUCUAGUAACGCCAGAGAUGUAUGGACAUUUAACGCAAUGGUUAUCUUCGUUAGCUAAUGGCCGCGUUAUCCUCAGUCUCGAAGGAGGCUACAAUAUUAAUUCGAUAUCAAAUGCAAUGGCUAUUUGUACGAAAACUUUGCUUGGCGAUCCUUUGCCAAUGUUAGAAAGCGAUCAAAUUCCAUGCUCAAGUGCUAUUAAUAGUAUAAACAAUGUUAUAAAAACACAGAAGCAAUAUUGGCCCAAUUUAAUAUUUAACAUGUCUCUACCGAAAGAGAAUGUACUUCCCAAGGCUAAAAUAUCACAUACGAAAACAAAUGAACAAGUGAAAAAUAUCGAAAAAGUUUUUAAACAGUCUGAAUCUAAGAUAGCGCUGGAAGAAAUUGAAAGCGAGAAAUUGGAGUUGAAAAUUUCGAUCAAUAAGACUUCUUUAAAUUCCGUGACAGAUGAAGAAAUUUCAAAGUUGCAAAACGAGGUGGAGAAUAUAAAAAUAAAGAACUCAUCAUACGACGAUACUUCAAAGGCGAUUGAAGAAGCUCGCAAUAAAUUAUUGAACAUGCAGGAUAACGACAAAGUUUCCGAAUAUACAAAGAAAUGUGUAAAUCAACCCGGAAAAGAAGCAUCUUCCGACAAGAAUUUUGACGUCUCUAUUCCGGGUAGCAGUAAUGGACAGAAUGAAGGAGCAACCGCUCAAGAAGGUGCUGCUACAAACUUGUACGAUUACCUUUCUCAAAAUUUUCAGGCAUUAGUAGAUGAAGAGAUGUUUGCUGUGGUGCCUCUACGAGAAUGUCCACAUUUGAACACAGUCAGGGAUGUACCUGCUUCGGGAAUCGAUGUGCAUUCACCAUGCCAAGAAUGCGGCAGCAACGUUGAAAACUGGAUCUGCCUGCAAUGUUACACUGUACAUUGUGCGCGGCAAAUUAAUCAACAUGGUAUAUUACACGCAGAGGAAAUGGAUCACCCUUUGACUCUGAGUUUCAGCGAUAUUUCAGUUUGGUGCUACAGGUGUGAGGCAUACAUAGAUAAUCCGCGAUUAUUCGCUGCACGUAACGCCGCGCAUCAGAGUAAAUUUAACGAAGAAUUACCAUGGACAUACAGUGAGGAUCGAAGUGCAAAUAUGUAAUAAUAAAUUAUGUCAUUAAUACUGAUAGUGACUAUUAAAUCAUUAACGAAAAUGUAGAUUGGAAUUCAGUGCCCAUAAAUGAAUUUUACUUUUUCAAAAUUACUUAUAUCGCAGUCAUCGAUGUUUGAAACUAUUUUUGUUUCAAAACUGCGCAUAGGAAAGUUUUUAUGUCCAUAUCUGUAACAUAUGGACGUAUUUAUGAACAUUAAUUUGAUCUCAAGUUUCAUAUUUCGUAGGAAUAAAGUUGUUGCUUUAUUGAAGAUUACAAAUAUUACAGCAUUUUAUUUUUUAUUUUAUUAAUUAAUAAAUGUAACAAGUAUAGCGAUGAUCGAUAAUAAAUACAUAUAUCUUAA